AUGUCUUUCAUUUCCGUCAUAGAUGAAGACUAUGAUACCAGUUUGUCAAUUUCAUGGGACGAAAUUGAAGAACGAAUUAAUAGACAAUGCAGUAUUGCGUUGAAAGCCUCACCUGAGAAUAGAACAAAAAUCACCAUUCCCAUGAAUUAUCCAUACAAGUCUGCUAUGAAAGAUCAGACCAUAGUUUUCCCGGAGUAUAGUCCUCCUCCACAAUUUGCUGACUUUGGCGCCAGAGCAGUAUAUUCGGCUUUUAAUUUUGAACUUCCUCCACCAAAAGAACCCACGCUUCCUGUGGCGAAAACUAACACUCACCUUCUCAAUUAUGUUCAUCGACUCUAUGUCUACAAAGCCUACAAGAUGCAACAGCAAUGGAGACAACAACAGGUGAUGGAGGAGAGCAAAAUUAGAAUUCACUUGAAGCAUAACUAUAAUAUCAACAUGGACCGUAAGUCGACAAAACGGUUGAGAUUCUCCAUUGAGGAGGAGAAUUAA